AGAGGAACUGGACAAGGGCAAGGAAAACAAAGGGCUCCUUCUUUCGAAGAGCUAGCAUUCUCUUGGAACAGACAAGCUUGUGGUGAGAAGUAUAUUUGUGAAAUCUACGAGGGGAGGGAGCAGCGCAGUAAUAGAACGGGUGAUCCUUUCUUGUUUUCUUAUUGGGUUCUGGCCUGAAAGGCGACUGUAUAAUCAGCUGGGAUUCCUGCAAUGAUUAACAUUCCAGGAAGGGAAGCCAGCCUGUGAAGAAGCAUGGUCUGGAAACGGGAAAUGGCGAAAAGUCUUUUGAAGACUUCCUCUCUGUCUGGAAGGACAAAAUUGCUACAUCAAACAGGAUUGUCACUUUAUAGUACAUCCCAUGGAUUUUAUGAGGAAGAAGUGAAAAAAACACUUCAGCAGUUUCCUGGUGGAUCCAUUGACCUUCAGAAGGAAGACAAUGGCAUUGGCAUUCUUACUCUGAACAAUCCAAGUAAAAUGAAUGCCUUCUCAGGUGUUAUGAUGCUACAACUUCUGGAAAAAGUAAUUGAAUUGGAAAAUUGGACAGAGGGGAAAGGCCUCAUUGUCCGUGGGGCAAAAAAUACUUUCUCUUCAGGAUCUGAUCUGAAUGCUGUGAAAUCACUAGGAACUCCAGAGACUUCCUUUAAUAAGUGUUGCGCUGGUUCAAGGUUGGGCAUUGGGUGGAGGAGCAGAAUUUACUACAGCAUGUGAUUUCAGUUUCAGACACUGAAGAGAAAGUCAUUCUGCGCUGGCAUGUAGUGCUCUACAUAUUUCAAAACAUCAUGUUGUACAUUUAAAAACUUUUAGGCCUGCCGUGGUGGCUCAUGCCUGUUAUCCCAGCAUUUUGGGAGGCUGAAAUAGACAGAUCACCUGAGGUCAGGAGUUUGAGACCAGCCUGGCCAACAUGGUGAAACCCUAUCUCUACUAAAAAUACAAAAAUUAGCCAGGUGUGGUGGCACAUGCCUGUAGUCCUACAACUUGGGAGUCUGAGGUGGAAGGAUUGCUUGAACCUGGGAGGUGGAAGUUACAGUGAGCCAAGAUCACACCAUUGCACUCCAGCCUGGGCAACAGAGUGAGACUCUGUCUCAAAUAAAUAAAUAAAUAAAUAAAUUUGUUGAGCUACAAAUUAUAUACAAUAAAAUGAAUCCAUUUUAAUUGUGUGCUGUAAAUGGAUUUUGAUGAAUAUAUACACCCAUGUAACCACCUCCACAAUCAAGAUUGAGAACAUUUUUAUCACCCCUAUCUAUGUUUUCAUAUGCCUCUUCCCAGUCAGUUCAUAUCUCUAUUUCAAGGUAAACACUGAUCACUUUCUCACUUUAAAGUAGAUUUUUAAAAAAUAACUUUACAUAAAUACAUUUUUACAUAAAUAUAUAGAGUAUGUACUUUUUAAUGUCUGCCUUCUUUAAUUCAGUGUAAUUAUUUUGAGAGUCAUCCAUGUUGUACCAUGUGUCAAUACUUUGUUCCUUUUUAAUGUUGAAAAGUAUUUUAUUGUGUGGAUAUUCAAGUUUGUUUCUGAGAUUUAUCUGUGUUUUUGCAUUUUCCAGUGGUUUGUUCAUCUUAUUGCUUAGUAGUAUUGCUUUCUAUGCCUAUAUAGCACAGUAAGUGUUAUACAUUAAUGGGCACAUGAGCUAUUUCUUGUUUUGGCCUAUUAUAAAUAAAGCUGUUGUGAACAUUCAUGUAUAA